GUUUCCGGUUUAAAUGUCGUUGUUUUGAGUAGCUUGAUGCCGCUGUUGUGGGCUGGUGGGCGGUGGACGGUUGGAGCGCAGUGCACCACCAGCAACAGAGAAAAGACUCUGCUGCCGCCUACUGGUGCUCCAUCCCCGGCCAUGAAAUGGAUGUAAGGGGCCUCACUGCUGCUGCUUUCCCAGAGGGAGCGUUCGUGUCUGUGUCCAGGGACCGAACCGGAAGAGUCUGGGUACCAAACUCAAGCCCAGACAGAGGCUUCACAGAAAUGCACUGCAUGUCUGGCCACUCCAAUUUUGUAUCGUGUGUCUGCAUCAUUGCACCCAGUGAAACAUAUCCCCGGGGGCUCAUUGCAACAGGUGGAAAUGAUAACAACAUUUGUGUGUUCACCAUGGACCGACCACAGCCUCUGAUCACUCUGAAGGGUCACAAAAAUACAGUUUGCACUCUGUCAUCUGGGAAGUUUGGGACACUUUUGAGCGGCUCCUGGGACACUACUGCCAAAGUUUGGCUCAAUGAGAAGUGUAUGAUGACCCUGCAGGGCCACUCUGCAGCAGUAUGGGCAGUGGUUAUAUUACCUGAACAAGGUCUUAUGCUGUCUGGGUCAGCAGAUAAAACUAUAAAGCUCUGGAAAGCUGGCCGGUGCGAGAGGACAUUUACAGGUCAUGAGGACUGUGUACGGGGGCUGGCAGUGAUCAGCAGCACUGAGUUCUUCUCUUGCAGCAAUGACACCAGUAUCAGAAGGUGGCAGGUGACAGGCGAAUGUUCACAGGUCUAUUACAGUCACACCAACUACAUCUACAGCUUGGCUGUCUUCCCCAAUGGCCAAGAUUUUGUCAGCACUGGAGAAGACAGAACAUUGAGGAUAUGGAGGAAGGGAGAAUGCGCUCAGACCAUCCGCUUGCCUGCCCAGUCUGUCUGGUGCUGCUGCAUUCUACCUAAUGGAGAUAUAGCUGUUGGAGCCAGUGAUGGUAUUAUUCGUGUGUUUACGGAAAAUGAGGACCGCAUGGCCAGCGCGGAGGACUUGCAGGCUUUUGAGGACGAGCUUUCCAAAGCAACCAUUGAUCCCAAGACAGGUGACCUUGGAGACAUCAAAAUGGAGGAUCUUCCUGGAAGGGAACACCUUAAUGAGCCUGGUAAUCGUGAUGGGCAGACGCGGCUGAUUAAAGAUGACCAGAAGGUGGAGGCAUAUCAGUGGAGUGUCAGUGAUGGUCGCUGGGUAAAAAUUGGGGAUGUGGUUGGAGGCUCAAACCAACAGACCUCCAAAAGUGUGAUGUAUGAGGGAAAGGAAUACGACUACGUCUUCACCAUUGACGUGAAUGAGGGAGGGCCGUCUAUGAAGCUGCCUUACAAUGUGUCAGAAGACCCCUGGCUGACGGCUCAUAACUUCUUACAGAAGAAUGACCUCAGCCCCAUGUUCCUUGACCAGGUUGCCAAUUUUAUCAUAGAGAACACCAAAGGUCAUGUUGUGGGACCAGCCCAGUCUUCUGGUGUUGACCCCUUUACUGGAGGAGCACGUUAUAUCCCUGGCGCCUCUGAUAAUGGGCCAGGCUCUGGAGCUGAUCCGUUCACAGGCUCUGGUCGCUACAUCCCAGGUUCUGGUCCAAAUAUAACUACUCCAGCAGGUGUGGCAGACCCCUUCACAGGUGGAGGGGCCUACUCUUCAGCAGCGCUCAGAGAGAUGACAACCAAUAUUUACUUUCCCAAAACCGAUGGUGUGACAUUUGAGCAAGCCAAUGCCUCACAGAUCUUUGCCAAGUUGAAGGAGCUGAAUGGUGGUGCACCACAGGAGCAAAGGCUGUCUGAGGAGGUUCUGGAAAGCCUUGAGAGGCUGCUGGGUUCCGUCUGUGGACCAGACACCGAUGGGCCACCGCCCACCAUCCCGGAAAUCAACCUGCUCUGGAAGGCUGCUCACUGGCCAGAAGAUAUUGUGUUUCCUGUCCUGGACAUAUUGAGGCUGGCAGUGCGACACCCACACGUUAACCAGACUCUCUGUGGAGAAGCAGAAGGCAUUCAGCUGUGCAAUCACCUGUUGAACCUGAUGAGGCCUGAGGGCCGUCCUGCCAACCAGAUGCUGGCACUGCGGACUCUAUGUAACUGCUUCAGUGGCAGGCACGGCAGAGCUCUCCUAAUGGCCCAGCGUGAAAUGGUGCUAUCUCGUGCCGCGGACCUAACUGCUGUCUGCAAUAAGAACAUCCACAUCGCCCUGGCCACUCUGGUGCUUAACUAUGCUGGAUGCCUGCACAGCCAGCCUGACCUGGAAGGCAAGGCCCAGUGCCUCUCUGUGGCCAGCAGAGCUCUGGAGACAGUACAAGACAAGGAGGCUGUGUUCAGGCUGCUGGUGGCUUUGGGAACUACCGUGGCCUCAGACCAGACAGCCCAGGACCUGGCCCGCUCCCUGGGAGUCAGCUCUCAGAUUUCCAGGUACUCAUCGAUGUCCGAUCCAUCGAAGGUGGGCGAGUGUUGCCAGCUGGUUUUAAAAGAACUACAAUGAUGUGGAAAACUAGAAAACGAGCACUUGUUUCAUACUAUUGCUCUGUUCUGCUCAUUGUGAUGGAAUCUUUACUUGUAUGUUCUGAAAUAAAAAAAAUAAAAAUUA